AUGAUGGUCAAACUUUUUUCAUCCUCACAACAGGCUGAGACAUUCAAAUUAGCCGAUGAUUUACUGUCACUCGAAUCUGUUAAAUCUGAAGUCCAAGCCCCAAUCCUCACCCACCCCAUGAACAAUCUGACCAAACACCAGCUCAGUGAAACGCAGGUGUCGGUACUCGCGAAGGGACACAACUUCGCUGUCGCCCCCAAGAAAAUUCCUACUGAGGAAAUUAUUAGUCAAACUGAAACGGCAAUUUACCAUCUGCCUCAGGAGACUGGUGAUGCAAUCCGAAGAAAGUUGUCCAAUAUCCUCCACAAGGUUAAUCCUCCUAGUGACAAUAUCACGGAGGAGGAACGCCUGGCAUUGCGUACCCUUAAGGAGAAUAACGACAUUAUUAUUCUUCCAGCGGACAAAGGCAAUGCCAUAGUGGUCAUAGACAGGGAUGACUACUCCGGAAAGCUCAGUGCGAUGCUAGGAGACUCCAGAGUUUAUACUAAACUCAGGAAAGAUCCACUCGCACAAUUGAAUGCAAAACCACCGAACUCCUGA